AUGAAUCACCAAGAAUCGAGAUGCAAUGGAUAUAUCGGCGAAAUGGGCGGGAGUUUCAGUGCAAUUGAUGGUAGACUGACCGAUGUGUUACCUUUUCCCUGGCCAGUGGUUCAAGUAGCUCCAGGCGAGUUCUAUACGGUGCGUGAGGUCGAGGAAAACGGAUGGUGUCUGCCAGCUCGAGUACCAGCCAAGAUCCCCGCCGUUCCUGAUCAUCCAGCAAGCCCUGGUACCCAAACGGGCCCAGUUUCAUCACUCAAGUCGGUGAGAUCUAGUUUGAAAAGACCGGCACCCAGCAGUCCAGUACAACAUGUUAACAAGCGAGUUGCAACGUCUCAAACAAGUACCGGAACAGUACCACUUGAUGGGCCCAAUCAAGUCUAUUCCCCUCUUAAUCCGAGUAUUGGGUUUUCCACCUCUUUGGCUUCUACUAGCAAUGGUGCGGUAACCAAGAUGACCAACAUAUCUGAAGUGGCUCAGUGUCCCAACUUCUGGGCGAUGCCGGUGCACGCGCUGUACGAGUGGCGAAGGCAUGUCAACAUCCUCGAUCGCACCAUUCUGGGGUAUUACGAGCAAGCUUUGGAUGAGGCGGAGAAGGAUUUGGACCGAGCGGCAUCUGAGCCCGAUGUUCUUGACACAUCCAUUGUAACUCCUUCUGGACGACCCUCAGCUCCCCGAUCUGGUCGCAAACGCUCGGUGAAAGAUGAGACUCCGGCUCCAGGCGGAUCUGGUCAAGUUAACUCCUCCAAAAACUCAUUAGACACACUUCAAUCCAAAAUCAGCGCAAUUGAGAUGAAUACAUCUACCCAAAAAUUGGAUGUCCUUGUAGCGCAAAUGACCUCGAUGAAUGAUGUACUGGCUACGAUGAUGAAGCAUCUUGUAGGCGGUUCACCUGCCACUUCCAAUCAAUAG